AUGAAUCCAGAAGAUCAAUUUACAUCAAUUCGUUGGGAUAGAGAAGAACUUAAUAAGAAUGAAGAUAAUAAGAAAAUUGAUUCCAUUACAAACACCAUGAAAGAGAACCCUAUCAAUCCCAAGAUUGAUUCACAAUCAGUUGAUGAAGAAGAUCCAAAUGAACAAGAUUUUUUAUCUGCAUCUAAAAUUGGGUUAGAAAAUGAACAAGAUUUUCAUAAUACAAUCCAGGAGAAUACGGAGGAAACAGAAAAUUCAGAUCCAAGUAAUUCAUUAUUAAUAUCUCAGCAAGGAAAUCAAGAAGAGCACCAACAAAAAGUACAAACUCAGCAGCUACAUCAAAAUACAGAGGAAAGAAGAAGCCUGAGCUCACAGGCUGAGUCAUUAAUUCCUCAUCAAUCAAUUGAUCAGUCAUCUAAUGAUCCGGAUUUAUCUUCCCAAUCGAAUGCUGAACAAAUUGACACUUCAUUUUUUGACAAAUAUUCAAUAAAAAUAUCAGCUACUUCUCCAAAUAGGGAUUUAGAUGCAUCAUCAAAACCAUUUAUUUCAUAUUUAGUAACAACAACAACCGACAAUCCGAACAUUAUAAAAUUGGGAAAAGACAAAACUGAACAUGAUGAUGGACAAUUAAGAACUUUUAAUGUACGUAGAAGAUAUGGUGAUUUUAGAUAUCUACAUGAAAGUUUGACUAAUGAUUUCCCAACCACAAUGAUUCCACCUUUACCUUCAAAACUGAACAUCAAAUAUUUGACUGGUGAUACUUUUAGUCAUGAGUUUGUACACAAAAGAUUACAUUCAUUAGAAAGAUUCUUGAGAUUUAUAAUUCAACAUAAACUAUUAUCACAACUGUCAAUUUUCCAUUUAUUUAUAAGUGAUUCAAAUGAUUGGAAUACUUUUACAACAUCAUUAAAAUUAAAAGAAUUAAAUGUUAAUGGGGAACAACAAGGUGGCUUAGUUAACAAGGUUGUAAACGAAGAUUUAAUAACAGAGAAAGUAAUGAAUUUUCUCACUUCAUCAAAGCAUAAAAAGGAAACAAAUCGAGAAAUUUUAGAAAUUAAUGAUAAAUUGAAGAAACUUUAUGAAAAUUUACUAAAGUUGGAUAGAAUAUUUUUAAAAUUGAAUCGAAAAAAUAAGGAACUAAGUAGUGACUACUCGCAAUUUUCAAAUCAAAUAUUAAAGUUAUCAUCAAUUCAAAGUGAAGAAGAUAGUUCUAUAACUUCAAAUUUUAAAAUCUUUGCAGAAUCACUUGAUUACUUUCUGGAUUCGUGGUCUCAACUUUACAAAUAUAUGGAUGAAUCUUUUUUGGUAUCAUUAAAAGAUUGUUCAAAAUAUAUAAUAAGUCUCACCAAUUUAAUUGAAUUGCAACACAACAAAAAAAUUGAUUUACAAGUAUUACAGGACUAUCUUAAUAAAACAAGAAAUGAAUUAAGCAACGCAAGUAAUGGUCAUCAUUCUUCUUCAUCAACGUAUAGUAGUGGUGGUAGUGGUAGUGGGAUAGUCAAUAAUACUACUCAGUUAAUUAAAGAUACAAUUUCAACUUCUGCUACACCAUAUAUUGGAUCUACUUCGAAAGAGAAUAAAAUACAUAAAUUAGAAAAUAGAGCAGCUCAAUUAGAAGAUGAAAUUCAAGUUCAAACAAAAUUAAUUAAUGACUUCACGAAUAAAAUAAUUACAGAAGAAUAUCCAAAUUGGGAUAAAUUUAAUAAAAACGAAUUAAAAGGUUCAAUGGUUGGUUUGUGUGAUAAACAAAUCGAUUUUUACAAGGGUUUAGUUAAUAAAUGGACUGAUGUUGAAUUGAAAUUAACUCAAAGAUUAAAUAGUAUUCAAUAA